AAGUACUAAUGCAUGUUGUAAUUCCUCAAAUAGAGUUGUUCUGAAAAUUAUAUUAAUUAACAAAGGUCGUUAAUUUUUUUGUUUAAUGCUGUCCCAUCAGGAAGGUUUGCAUGGCUGGCUAGAAAGAAGUUCCCAGUUCCCACCCAGCAAAGCCACAAAGGUUUGUCUCCAUUAGUUAGAAAUGGUGAUUGUGGCUAAAUUUAGAUGUGCCAAUGAGGACAUAGUCAAAUCCCAAAUUCCCCAUUUUGCAAGAUCUAUUCUAGAGUAGUGGCAUCUUAAUGAGAUGAUAGUUUAGAAUUUAACAAGAUACUCCAAAUUCCCCCCAUGUCAUUCAUAAAACAAACCCCCAUUUCAUUAGCACUAAUAGUAACUAAAACUUUUUCCAAAUGGGUUGGAGACAUGAGGCCCCAAAGAAUAAAGGUGAACUCCAUUAGUAUGAUCAUUUACUAAUCAAUUCAAUAAUUUUGAUUGAUCCUUGUGCAUCCACUCAAAAAUAUUCAUCUUUUCUUGAAACUUUGAUGUGUUUUUUCUGGAAGUGACAUUUGUUAAUCAGGCUAUAUUUGUGUUCGUGAAAAAUAUUAUAUGCCAAAGUUGUUUUAGCACAAAAUUGUUCUUCUUUCUCAAGCCAUUCAUGAACAAUAAAUUUCGCCAUUUUAUUUAUCUGCUAUUUACCAUUCAUAUUAAUUACUGGUCAUGACAGUUAUCUAUCGAUCUAACCUGGAUUUAUUGUUAAUUAAAUGUAGGCAAUUAAUUAGUAAGGAGCCUAGUUAAUUCGUUAGCAACUUAUAGCUUUGUGUUAGCCAUAAAAGGCUGUUGUUAAGCUCUAUGUAAGAGAACAUUUAUCAACUUCAAUGGAAGUACUUUGGUUAUCAAAGAUAAGGGUGUCAUGUUUGUUUAUUGUAAUUUAGACAAGCAGGGAAAGGGCACGUGGAAAAUUCGCCACAUCCCAUGAAUAAUAAGAAUUGGGGAGGACAAAAGGAAAAAACCGAACCUCACAAGAAAGCAAAAUGGUACACAUUUGUGCUUUGUUAAAGAUGGUGCAAAAGACAAUUCGAUGAUCAUGGCAUGAAAGAAAGAAAACUCCAGAAAUUGGAGUGAAAAAGGCAAUGGGGAAAAGACUAGUCGGUUCUCGUUUUAUUCAAAUAAUGUAAGAAAAGCUUGUGGUAUAUCUAGCAUAAUAAUGAUAUUGCGAAUCUUGAAGAAGAGAGGCAAAAGGAAAACGUAUAGAUGUAUAUAUAUUUGUCCUCGCAGCUUAUACGGAGAAAGAAGUAAGCUAUACAAUGACACAAAACAGAAUAUAUAUGGAGGAGGUGGCUCAAGAAGUUAUAAGCAAAUACACACUGACUCUGAUAUUUAAGUGCUACAUUAACUUGACAUAAUUUACUUCUAUCUAUCAAUGUCUUUUUUUUUUUAAGUGAUAGAUGCUAUUUUUUGUGAUUAAGAACUAUUCAAGAGAUACGAAUUAGAAAAUUUUAAAUUUCAAGACUGAUAGUAUUUGUAUUACCGAUUCAACGAAAAAAAUAUUUGUAUUACCACUCACCAAACUCUUGUUCGUUAGAGAAGACAUUUAUCUCUGGCGAUGAGAGUACAUACUAAAAAAUUCAACCAGGAUUAAAACUUAAAAAAAUUAUACAAACUCUUCUUUUGACCAUUUUUAUAUUAAUAGUGCAAGUUUUAAUUUACUAUAAACAGAUAUUACUACAAUAUUCAUUUACUAUUAACUAAAUAUUCACCAUCAAUUUGUAUUAUACAAAGGUUUCAUAAUGUAAGUUAACUUUUAAAUAAUAGUUCAGUCAAAUGCGAUACUAAAUAGUAAAUAUUCAUCAUGAUGUAAGUUAACUUUUAAAUAAUAGUUUAAUCAAAUGUGAUACUUUUUAUAACUUCAGUUUAUUAUUAGACCACACAUUACAGAAGUUUUACGCCCCACCGUUCUACCACAGUUACGUAAAUAUAUAUGUCACGCAUUACAUAAAAGUUAUGAAUAUAGUGUUACUUUUAUGUAUCAAUCAAACAAAUAUAUUAAGUAAUUCUUUCGUGAUAUAAGUUUGAACAAAAUUUUUGUUAUUAUUAAUUAAAUUAUUGAUCAUCUCAUCAAUGUGCAUCACACAAAAACUAUAUGAUGCUAGUUAAACAGUUUAAUGAGAUGCCAUACUUUUUUAUAUCUUAAUUAUUUUAUUAUUAACUAAAUUUCCUGAAUUAUUACAUAUAACAUUCACCAUCUCAUCAGUUUGUCUUACGCAAAUGUUUUGUAAGUUUACAUAAAAAUUUAAUUAAAUGUGAUACUUUUUUGAUAACAUGAAUUAAUUAUUAGACCACAAAUUAUAAAAUAUUUACGUAACCUCAUUCUAUAACAAUUACGUAAAUUAGAAAUAAGCUACAUAAACUUAUGUAGGGAUAAUUAUUUCUUAUGUAUCAAUACGUAUUGUGUAAGCUUAUCAUUAAGACACUACAUAAAUUUUAUAAAAGUAUUUUAAACCAUUUUUUGACAUGUAAUUAGUUUAUUCCUACCGCCAAGCGCGGUCCAACAAACUAGUAAAUGUAAUAGAAAAAAAUUGACACACUACAAAAGAGCACCAUGAACCAUUUAUUUGGAACCCAAAACUUCGUAUUUUUCAGCAAGUCAACAGAUUCGUGUGCUAUUAAUCAUAAACCAAAUAAGCAAAUGUGAUACAUUCCAAUAACAAGUAGGCUUAGUUAGUAAAUACUCCGUUUAAUACACGUAUAUUUACCCGUACAUACUUUAUCUGUUUAAAACUAUUGUAUCCGUAUUAUUGUCAUGUCGUUUCAUUUUUUCCGUUCAUUUGAUGACUCCCGUACUAAACACGUAUAAACCCCGUAUAACACGUUUAAUAUCCGUAUUUUAUGAAAUAAAUUGUUAACUUUACUAUUAUUUAUAUAUUUAUUUAUUUUUAAAAGUAUUAUUUUUAUAUAUUUAUUACUAUUAACGUACUAUUAAAUGUAACUUUAGCUUAGAGACGAAGUAUAAUGCCCGUAUGUAUUUUUGAAGUAACUUUCCCGUAUUGUAUUUUACAAACUAUGCAAGUGGGAUUAAUUUGUUUUGGAACCCUGAAUUUUGUAUUUUCCAAGGUUGUCAACUUGUGGGUCGCCCCGCCGAUUGAUCUGUUUUGAUCCUGACAUGGUAAGAAAGAUUGUUUAAUGUUUACACACACCUGCAGGUCGACUGGCUACAAGAUUAUCGAGUUGGAGGCCACGCGACAUUGUUUUUCCCCUUUGCUUUGCGAAAUAUGUCUUUUUUUUUCGGUUUUCCUUUUCGGCUAACCCUAUCUUUGAAAUGUUAUGUUGACCAUUUGAAAUUUUUUUUUUUUUUUGUGCGAUGACUAUUUGAAUAUUGAUGUUAUAUAAGUGUGUGAUGACUAUUUAUAUUCAAAUUAAAGCAAUCAGAUCAUUAACACUCAACCCGUUUACUCGACCUGACCAACGAGCUAAAUCGAGUUGAUAGUCGUUGAUAUUUUCCAGUUUCCAUCAUCAGCAGUGAAGAAAUUAAAAACAAACAAAAGAAGAAAGGUGAAGGUAAAAGGAACAGAGAAGAUUAAUAAUUUGAGGGGCUGGGGAGGGAAUAAUAUUUGGGUUGCUUUCCUGGCUAUCUCCCAUGUCUCUCUAUCAAUAAGAUUCGUUUUGGGGAAAGGAGAAGAAACAAAUUAAUUCUGCAGAAGCAAACAGCAGCAGCAGCAAGCAGUGGCGAUGUUAGUGGGCAGUGGCAGUUUCUGUUGAAAGGAAAUGGGCAGUGAGUGGCACUUGUCACUCACUCACUUGAAGGCAUUAGGCUGAAGUCUGGAAACACCGCCAAAGCUUAAUAAAUAAAAGUGGUUUCUAGCAUGCAUAGGACCAACUUUUAUUGCAGUUUAGUAUAUAUUAAGAAAGAAUGUCAAUUUUGUUGGGUUUGUAAAUAUUAUCAAGUUCCAUGUUGCCAAGGUGAUUCAACAGGUUUAAUUAAAUUCAUCUUUGGGUCGAAAACUAGGGUGCAUGACAAGAAUUACAAAUUAAUUCAUCAAGAUGGCUAAUUCAUUAAAAAUUUAUGGAUAAAUACAAUUUAAUAUCCAAACCUUUCAUUUUAAACAAUAUAAUAGCCAAACCUUUUCGAAAACAAUCUAAUAUCCAAAUCCUCAACUUUCCGUCCGUUUGACACUUCAAAAAAGCUUUGUUUAGGGGAAAUUGUCACAAUACAACUUUGUUUUCUUGUUUUGGCAUUGCAUAUGACUGAAUAUUUAGAUAUUCUAUACCAUCAUGGUGGAGUCAUGGACUUCUUGGGUUUGGAACCACGAUAUGUUGGUGGUUUUUCAGAGAAGAUAUCGAUGGAUAUUGAUGAAGCGUCGUACUUCGAACUUUUUUGAAGUGUCAACUAACGGUCAAACGAACGGAAAGUUGACGAUUUGGAUAUUAGAUUGUUUUCGAAAAGAUUUGACUAUUAUAUUAUUUAAAAUGAAAGGUUUAGAUAUUAAAUUGUAUUUACCCAAAAUUUAUUCAACAACGUAUUUAUUUCUAAUCCAUAGUCAAGCCUUUAUUUUUAUAUAUUUAAACUACAUUUUUUUCCUACACAAACGGGCAACCUUCGUUCCAAGAAUCGAGACAAUGAGUCGGCAAAUUCAUUUUGUGCUGAUGGAUAUACAAAAACAAGGUAGAUCUAGAAUCUUGCUUCGAUUUGGAUGAAAAGAGUAUGUGUUAGUGAAUUGCGCUUCCCACCUAGCCUUUGAAUUGGCUUGACGAGAGUUGGAGAGAAAAAAACUUGUUACAAUCUGUUAACUCAACUGAAUAAUUAUAUAAAAUCAAUAAAAUAACAUACAUCGCUAUCACAAGAGCGGUGACUCUACAAUAUUGUCACAUAAGCAAUCAUGGAUAAAUCUACCAUUGUGAAUGUCUCUGAAGAGGUUCUUUAAGUGGUCCAAGGAUAUAAAACCUAAGAUUCAUGAAAUUCUAAGCCAAUUCAAGCACCAUACAAUGAAGUCCAAUACAAAUAUAUAUUCUAGAAGAAAUGCCAUAGUGCAUUAUCUGUGAGUACACACCAUUUGAGGUUGAACAACAAUUGCCACUUUGAUUGGUUACCUUCAUUUUCGUAUAUUUAUGAAACAAGAACCCACUUGCACAAAGUUGUAUACCUUAAGCAUCGUGUUUUUCAUUUCUUGUAAUUAGUUUGAUGGUAGUAAUAUUGAACAUUGUGUUCUAGAACUGAAGAUAUCAUCAUGAACAUAAUUUUCUUAAGAAAAAGGCUAAAUUAAUUAUUAUUAUUAUUUUUUUGUAGGAAUUUUUUCUCUCUCGAUAUGCUAUUGAAAAUGAGUCUGUAAAAAGGAAAAGAUGACACUCUAAAAUCUAAUCCUAAGAUCUUCAUAUAGAAAAUCAAUAAAUUAUAACACAGCCAGAUCAAACAAUUUGUUUAUAAUUAAUUUUGUUAUAUUUUGAUGUUGCUUGGAAAAAAGGUUUGAGAAUUAGACCUACCAAUCAAAUUAAGGGACUUUAUUUUCCUGGAUCUGGAGUCAACUUCAGCUGCUACAUGCUAAUAUAUAUACGGUGGGACAUGAUUAAGAUUCACCAUUAUCACAUUUCACACUGAGAUCACAUUGGUUUGAAUCCAAGCACCUUGCUGCCAGCAAAAAAAAAAAAGUUCACCACUACCAACCAUCACUAGAAUUUCCACCAACAUGUACAUCCCGUUGCUAGCUUUACCUUGUCUUAUUCCCACUUCCACGUCAAUGCUUUUAAUUAACUGUUUCAUUCUACGUCAAAAUUAUCAGAUUUGCGGACAACCCGGAUAUUGUGCUCACAGUUUAUCGCAAGAACCAUCUAAUAGGGACGGACUGUUUCAAACGCGAGAAUGAGGAGUUCAUUAUGUAUAUAUAUAAUUUGUGAUUAUACACGUGGAACAAAUGCAUGGUUUCAGCUACUCUCUAUUUCUACAUAUGCUAUACAAUUAUUGAUCAUACGCAGAUUGCAUAUGGAGCUGUAUCUUCCAUGGCGAUCUGGGUUUGUUCAUAUUCACUUCAGUAACAACCGACGAGGACAUGCAGAAGUAGAAGUAGAACGCAUUCAGCUGAGCAGUUUAUACCGCCUGGAGAUGAACAAAACCAAGUGGGUUUAUCAUUAACAAAUGAGUUAAAAAGCUAGCAGCUUGGGGAAAAGGAAGAGUAAAGUACAAAGACUAGUAGCUAGGUUGCAGAUAUAUGGGUAAUCGAACCACGAUUAAGGGGAGUGGGCGGGCGCAGGGGUUUAUGGGAACUUGUUACUGUUCUUUCUUCUAGUCUAGUCAUUUAAAACGAAUAAAACAGCCAAAAAGUCCCGCAGCCGAAACCAAACCCAAGAAACAACCACCAUGUUCAAACAUCAUGUUGAUUUUUUGUUAUUAAAAAUCUACCCAAGUACAAUUUAUUUACCGAUAAUAUAGCUUUGGAACUCUGAUCAGAUUCUCUGUCUGGUCCGGUGGUUCCCUCGCCUAUCAUCAUGCAUUCCCUUUUACAGCCCAAAAAAAAAAAAAACCUUUACUAAAAAAAACAAUAACCCAAAAGCCCCAAAAAAAAAAAAAAAAAAAAACCCUAGCAAAAUUUAUUACAGACAAGGUAUUAAUCCACCAGCUGGGAUUCAUUACCACCGCUUGUCCCAGCCACUCAUUUGAAUUUUGAAACCACCCUUUUCUUAAUUAUCACAAUCAUACUUGUAUAUGUCGAAGGCAAUAACAUUGAGAAAUAAAUAAAAUUUCAGAAAGCUCAAUUAGAACGUACAUCAUCAUCACGAGCUGAAUUCUUCUGUUCCCAAAUAGUAUCAUCCAUGAAACCCUUCUUCCACACCAUUAUUUUCCUGCUGCUGCCCUACAGGAACGGACAGCUACAGAAGAUCCAGAUAGAUCCAUUAGCUUUUGCCUAUACUAGGUUUUUUUUUCUCCUUUCUUGGUGAACAGUCUUCCUCAUACUAUAACUAGGUCAUGAAACAAGACACUACAUUUACACAAGUAUAUAUAGUACUACUACUGAAUCACGCAUUCAUACACCUACACAAAAAUAGUACAAGAAAGCAGACGUAUUCACAUCGGGUAAAAGAACGCUCUACCAAUUUAAGGAACCAACUUCUAGCUAGACCCAUCAAAUGCUAAUUACAAAAUAUAGAGUUUAAAGGUACGGUGAUUAAUUAAAAUAUAUACUUUUUGAGUUGGUGAUUACCUCCGAAUAGAAUCGAUCUGUUUUGUAAGAAAGCACAAAGUAGAGAAGCAUCUUAAGGACCGCUGCCAAGAUUACAACCCGCAAAUAGAAAACAAAAAUGGAACAAACAUGCCUCAAAAGAGAGAGCAAACCAGAUUAAUGUAAUCGAGCAUACAGAAUAAAAUAACUUGCCUAGCAUCCUAUAUAUAAGAGAAUCAAAAUAAAUAAAAUAUGCAAGGUAAUUAAGGGAAUAGAAUGGGAAAGGAAAAAAAGGGGUAGGAAAAGGGAGCUCCCUUCAGUCCAAGUACAGGGAGCUUAAGAUCCAAUUUGUCUCCCGCAUCAUUCACUCAUUUACUGCGCUGCAAAAUCCAUUCGAAUAAAUGUCCUUCCUUGUUGUUUCUUCCUUCCGUAGCAGGCAGAUAACGCAGUAUUUGGAUGAAUGAGUCGGCAGCUAAUCGAACCUCACUGCUGCCCAUGAGUGGACUGAAGAAAGCUCCCUUUGCAAGUUUUUUCCAUGUUCCCACAGAAAACCCUAAAUCUAGGUACGUAAUGGCACAUCACCAACUAAUAAUGAAGCUGCUUCUCAUAUACAUAGAAGAAACCCUAGCUCCUCGUGGGUUUCCGUCGAGGAACUCGCUGGCUAGCAGCUUCCGCGGCUUCUGACUGGUGAACUUAACCCGGCUACCACUCAAACCCUAAAUAAAGGGACAGUGGAAACAAAGGAAAUUAAAAGAGACGGUAAAAAGGGGAGGAGCUUUGAAAUUAUAGGGAAAGCGACUGCUGGAAAAGAAAGGGAAAAAAAGAAGAAGAUGAAGAAGAACAAGAACUGCAUAUAUAUAUAUAUUAAUUAAGGGGGAAAAAAAACAAAAAAGAAAAAAAGGGUUUUUUCUCAACUAAAAAAAAAUAGGGAUGAUAGAAGAGAGAAAGAUAGGUUUGAGCUUCUUCUCCCUUCUCAUUUGCUGCGAGAGAGAGAAGUAGAGAGAGGAGAGGGUGGUGGUGGUGAAUGGAAGAGAUGGAGUGGGGGGUUUAUAUAAAAGCUUAAUGGAAGGGCAGAGAAGCAGGCAAGCAUCAGACACAGACAAGAACUGGUUGAGGUCUUAUUGUUGUUAUUAUAUUAUAUAUUGUGUUAUUAUUAUUAUAUAUAUAAAAAGAAGAAUGCACCGCUUCAUCAUGAUAUUAUUGAAUAUUAAUUCCAAUUCCGUUUUUUGUACAAAGAAAUAUUUAUUUCUUAUUUCUUUCCAAUAAUAGGUUUGUUUCGCUAAAAAAAAUAUAUAUAUAGUGUUGUUUGGGGAAUGAGAUUAAAGAGUUUUGAUUCAUAAAGUUUAUGGAUAUGGAAAUAAAUUAUACCUUGCCUUGCUUUUGUAUAAUCGUAUUACAGAUUUUAGGUUAAAAAUUCAAAUUCCUAAAAGUUAGAAAGAUGAAAUCUCUCAUAAAUGUGAAGAUUUUUUAUAUGUGAAUUUUAUGGUAAUUUGCAUUUUUAGAUUGUUUAGGAUUUAGAGAUUUAGACUAUAAUUCUCCAAAUGAGGUAUUUUUAUUGCCAACAUAAUGGAUAUAGUACUUAGUUUCACUAGCUUGAGUUGUUGAGAGAUGUGAAAAUAUAAAAUUUUGUAUUAUUAUUUACUCACUUACACAUUAUUGAUAUUAAAUAAAAACCAAACAACUAAGGAAUUUAUGAUCACUAACUCUCAUUACUAAUGACUGUAUUUUUAGUGAAUAUAAAAGAAGUAAUAAUAUCCAUAAUAUCGAACGACUACAAUCCAUGGCGGAGUUGUUCAAACAGGUUCAGGGUGCUUGUAGGCCCUUUGUAAGGGCGGAAAAAUUACCAAGAAUGUGGUUUAUUGGAGUUUCGAACUCCUGACUUGUCGACAAAGUCGUCUACUUGACCAACUCAGUCAUUGACAAGUUAUUUUUAUUUUAAUCAACAUAACUAUUAUUUACAAAAGUGAUUUUUCCUAAAAUUUAAACCUACAACUAAGGGUUUAUCGUUCCCACCAGCACACUCCUGCAAUUUUAUUUGUGUUAUAGCGACACGUCUAACAACGGAGAAGCGAUGUUGCGAUGCACGAGGGCUGUCCAUUCUCCUCCAAGCCCUACCAUCUUUGGGAAUUAAUUAUUGGGGACAUAUAUUGUACCAGAAUUGUAUGCUAAUUUAAACGAUAAAUGUGCUCUACAAUG